AUGAGGGCGCGCGCUCUGCUGUCUGGCUCCGCGGCUGAAGUGGAUGAGCAGAUGAGCGGCUCCCGUGAAGGAUGGCGGACCUCUGAUUUAAUCACUUCUGGUGAAAACAAGUGAGCAGACGAGCCGCGCAGAAUUCCCCGAGGACAACAAUUUCUCACAGAGAAAGCAGAGGGCAUCGGCCUCGCUCUCCGGCCGCCAGCAUGAUGAAAGGCUGCCUGCAGUUCCUUAUCGAGCCAGCCAAGAAGCUCAAGAUCAGACUCAAGGAGUCUCGUAAGAGAGUGAAGCAGGAGAAGAAGGAGCCGCUGGUGGAGAGCCAGCUGUUCAUCAUGGAGCUGGGUCGGGAGCUGAACAGAAUCUGUCAGAGAUCCAACAUCCUGAGCCACAUCUGGACCGGCGAGGACAUCUGGCCUGCCAGCGUUUCCAGAGACUUCAUUGUGGACUGGGCUGCCAUUUUGGAAAAGAGAGUCCAGCACAAGAUCAUGCCGUCCGAGUUCCAGUAUGAGAAGCCGGAGAAGAGGGACUGGAAGGGCCACCUGCUGUGCAUGCUGGAGUCGGAGGGCGAGUACGACAUGGGCCCCUACAGGAGGGUCAUCUUGGACUGGACCCGGGAGAUUAAAAGCAGGGCCCAGCCUCCUGUCUGGCCAGGUGAGCCGGUCCUCAUGAUGCUGGACGAUCUGGAGUUCCAGUGGAAGAGGGGCCGCCUCCCCAACCUGCUGCCAGCCGUGGAGCUCAUCAUGCUGGCCGUGCUGAACGCCGACAGCCCAGUAAAGGAGGACGUGACCAAGCAGUGGCUGGUGAAGAAGCAGAGGAGCCAGAGGAUUGAUGCGGUGCGCUACAUCCCACACGGAGUCUGGAAUUGGAUUUGCGAUGCAUCAGAGGAUGUGAUCCUGGACUCAGAGUCUGCCAACCCGAACCUGGUCAUCUCCACUGACGAGAAACAGCUGAGGUGCGGCCUGGAGCGUCGCGUCGUCCCGCCCUGCCCGGGACGCUUCGACGGCUGGUGGUGCGCCGUGGGCAAAGAGGCCUACUCCUACGGACGCCACUACUGGGAGGUGGAGGUGGGCGAGAGGGACUGGCGUCUGGGCGUGGCCAAAGCCUCCGCCGUGAGGCAGGGCUUCCGCUCCCUGAACACAGACACGGGAUACCUGACCAUCCGGCUGGAGAGGGGCACGGAUCUGAAAGCCCUGACCGUGCCCGCCACCUUCUUACCCCAAAAUGCGACGCCCAGAAAAGUCGGGGUGUAUCUGGACUACGAGCUGGGCCAGCUGUCCUUCUACGACGUGGAGAAGCGAUCGCACCUGUACACCUACAAUGAGAACUUCACAGAGGAACUGUACCCCCUGUUUGGGACGGUGGAGGUGGUCAAAGACCUGGUGGUCCGGCCCGCAGGCGUGCGGCAGCCGUGCCUCUGCCCCGGGCCGUGCUUGUGGACCUGAGUCGCUCGGCGCUCGUCGGUCUCUUCAACCUGAUUCUCUGCAGCCCACCGAGUCUGUGCCGGAGGCGUGACUCUUGCUGUGAGAUGCCUUGUGAGAUCAGGAUCCAGAACUGCCAUCCAUCCACAUUACAACUUUGUGUUUCUCUGCCUUCAUGGACACAUAGUGAAUUUGACUCUUUGUAUUUUACUGAUAAAUGUUUUAAGCAUCAGGUAAAAA